AUGACAACGGAAUUAGCCUCAAAAGUCACAUUGAUUCCCUGGGAUGCCGACUCUGAGGUCCAUCGGGAGUGGCUUGUGAAGCAACGGGUGGAAUGCAGCUGGCACCAGGACAAAGUUCAAACAAAAUGGAAAAUCCAACAACAAAAAGGCGAGAAGUGCAUCUUCUGGAUUGUCCUUCCAUCGGAUGAGUCACAGGCAAGAGCUGAUGUUGGGAAAGAGGAAAAGGAAACACUUGAAGAUACGGCUACCACCAUCUAUGCUGUUCCACGCCAACCAACAAAAGAAAGAUUUGUCCCUAUCGGCCAUAUCUCUCUGGAUGCCAAAGAUCCUGAAUCAGAGAAAAUUGAUUUGGAUAUUCCUUCUGAAGGUGUUUUCUGGAUAAAAACAUUCUAUGUGAGCCAAUCUGUCCAAGGGCAGGGCAUCGGAAGAGCUGCCAUGGAUGAAGUCGAGGCCAUGGCAGUCCGAGAACCACUAUCAGCCAAGAUCUUGAUGCUUGACACGGUUCAAAAAGAUGACCAAAAAAGAGAAGAAUUUGCAAUCGCAACUUUUGGUAGUGUUCCAAAGUCUACAAACGAAGAGUGGUACACUCGCCGAGGAUACCAGGUUAUCAAGACUGUACAAAACUAUUAUGGUGUUGCUGAUAGAAAUGGGAAGGUCUGGGAUACGAAGACUGUUUUCAUGAGGAAGGACAUUGCAGGAGAGCAAUAA